UAGGCAGUGUGCAAAGUCAGUCCUAAAUAUACAAUGGCAGAAUUUGGAAGAAGACAGUUCUGUCAGGCAAAACUUUUUGGUGUCUUUGGCCAAUCUCCAUACCAAACUCAUUCCAUUUGAUUUUCCACGUUUUCGGCUGUUGGAGGCUUUGACGGAAAAUCCAUGGACCAAUCCAACACUUGCAAAAGUAAUGGGAGGAGAAGUGGAAGAUGGAGAUAAAGAAGAAGGUUUUUAAAGAUUUUUAAAUAAUUUUCCUCGAAAUUAGUAAAUAAAAUAAAUUUAAAAAACUUCCUCUUAAAUUUGAAGCCAACUCUAGUAAUAAAGAAUCAAACUAUAAAAAUAAGUUUUAAAAAAACAACUACUUGUAUUUUUUAAUUAAUAAUGCGAAUAUGCAUUUUAAAACUUUCAAGAUGUUCUUACCAAAAAAUAAUAAUUUUGCUGUAGCUUUGUUGCUAUUUUAAACAAAAACCACUAUUCAGGCUAAAGUGCAAUGACACUGUUGUGCAUCGUCUUCAUUUUUACAGAAAUAAGGUUUGUUAACAUACUUUUUCACGCCAAGUUUGAAAUUGCUUUUCAAAUUUGUUUGCUAAGAAUAAAUCCCUUAAUUAAAUUAAAUAUUUUAUUAAGGGUUUGGAUUCUUUAAGUGCACCAUUAGAAUUUGUUGAAAUUAAAUUCAUUGCAUUGUGCUCUCUAAUGUUUCAGUGCGCAACUAUAUAGAGCAGGAAGAUCCCAUCAUCUUACAGUUGAGGGUUGACAUGAUGCUUAGAGAAAAUUGUGAAGAAUAUGCUCUUAACCUGUGUAACAGCUGUCUCACCCACCCAGAGCUUCAGACAGAUUUGAGUAUAAGAAAAAUUCAACUUUCUCUCCUCUAUAAGCUGGGACACGAGGAUAGAUUGCAGGAAGAGGUUAGAACUAAGUUUUGAACUGCCAUGCAUAAAAUAUAUUCUUUAAAAAUCUUAAUGUUUUAAAUGUUUCUAAAUAACUCUAGAAAAAAGUUGUAACCAAUGACUGGGCAUUAUUUCAAUUUUUUUAACUUUAACCCACGCACUGUCAUAAUGACCAAUUUAUUUAAAUUAUUUCUUAGGAAAGGGAUUUUAAAGAUAUGGCAUUACUCAUGGUAGUGAUAAUUAGCAUUUCAAGUUCUAAUUGUGUUAGUAGUGGAGUAUAAGGUACAACUGAAUUUAGUAGGAAUUAUAUAAUGACAUAUGUAGGUCACCAUUGAGUCUAAGUAUAACCAUCUUCAUGGGCUCCUUCAUAUAAUUAUAUUCUGGAUAUUGUUAGUUAUAAUGUUAAAUCACACAAAAAUUUUACAGUGUCAGAAGCUGAGCAUUCAGGAUGCCCUCCGCAUCAUUAAACAGUUACAGACAUCACAGCCACACAGGCAGCUCUGUACUGUUUUGGCGCAAACUUUUAUGGUGCAGAAUUGGAUUAGGCCAUCUGACAUGGAGGCCAACAAGGUUAGAAUAAAAAUUACAAUAGUGAAAGACAGGGACUCUUCGGUUAAUUCAAUAUUAUUUCAAUAUAACCAUAUUAUUAUUUUUUUUUGUAUCGGCCUAUUGCUUAACUUUUAAGACUGCACUUAAUUUACGGAGGCAACCCAUUUUCAAUUCCACUCCCUGUUUGCCCUUGACUCCAGACUUUGUUGGCUGAUGUUUUUACUCAUGGUUUACCUCCUCCCCAAGAAUAGCAUCUCACUAAGCCGACAAGUUCUUACCACCUGGCACUUUACCCAAAGCUUUAGGGUGGGGGGGGGGGGGUGGUCUCAGAACGAAAAGGAACUGCCACCUAAGGGUCCAAAGGCAAACAAAAUGCUCAUUGUAAAAAAAUUUUAAAAAUCUAUUAAAGUUUUAAAGGGGGGGGGGGGGGGGGGAUGUCUCAGGACGAAUAGGAACUGCCACCUCAGGGUCCAAAGGCAGACAAAAUGCUCAUUGUUAAAAUAUUUUAAAUAUUCAUUACAGAUUUAAAGAAGUUUUUAAAUGUUUUCAGGAACUUUUGAGGUUGUGGAUUCGUCAGCAACUCUUAGUGGAUAGAGAACAAGAUCAAUUCAAAGAAAGUGUUUGGGCUAUGGCUAAGCUCUCGCAGUCAACGGAUCAAAUUGUAAUCUUCAUAGAUGUGCUAAGGGAAGAGGUGACUAAAUGUUUUUUAGAUUUGAACACUCAAUUGCUAAUUGAACAAUUUAACAUUUUUUCUAGAGAAAGUAAUUUUAACUGAAUAUUUUUUAAUAUGGGCUAAAAUCUGCUUAAUGGCUUAGACAAAGCUAUCUAUUAAUCUUUGCAGCUUUAAGAAGGAAAAUUAAAAGACGAUGAACUUAAGUUCCUAUGAAAGAAACUAUUGUAAGUUCAAAUGGCUUUGUGGCCAAAAAAACUGAAAAGUUGGCACCACUGCAUUAACAUAAACUUUAAUAAAAAUGUCUAUAUUAACUACUGAAAAUAAGGCAUGAUUGUUGAGAUAAUUUGUUACCAAUAGCAUAUAAUAGUUUAAGAUGUAAUAAACUGCCACCAAUUCUAUUUACACAGAGUACAGUUUGAAUAUGUAGCAUUAUGAAAACAUUUUUUGCAGAUGUCUGAAUAAUGAAAAUUACUUUUAUAUUCCAGUGUGGUGAUGUUUACCUACAAUUGUAUGUGGAUAUGUGUAUCUUUGCGAUCAAUGUGGACAAAGGUCAAAUGGAGACUAAUAUAAAAGAAGGUAAUAUGGAUGCUGCCAUAGCUAGGAGAAGCGACAUGGCAUCCAUUUGUGCUAAGCUGUCAUGCCUCUGCCAUCACACUUCGUUGAAAGUGGCUCGGAUCUGUGCUCUCACAUCAUUUACGCUCAGGCCAUCUGAGCAGUCAUUCACUAAAAUAGGAACAUUCUAUGGACAAGCUGGGGGCUGCUGCAAUAAAUGUGGCUUGGAAAAAAACCAUGAGCCGGGUAAAGUUAAUCCAGCAACUCUCUAUGAAGUUGAAAGGCUGCUUAACAUGCUCAGACCUGACUACCUCAACCCAGAAAACUCAUUUAGUAACAUACAAGCUCUUUGUCGUAGAUUUUUACAUGAGAGUGUAAAAAAUGCUCAGAUGAGAAACCAGCAAGUGGCUUCGGGUGUGUCUAUACUGUCAGUUACUCAGAUAGAGGGUCCAGGAAAGAAGAAAAUAAUGCCACAGGCUAACAAGCCAAAUAAUUUAUUUGAGGCGCUGACGCCUCAGGAUAUCCAGAAUACCCAAUCUUUGCUCAAUAAAAUGCGACUGCAGAGCAUGCCACCACCAAAACCAACCCAUUUGGUACAAAACACACCUCGUCUUAUGAAUCCAUCAGGGAGUAUGAGACCCAAUAUUAUACAAAAUAACCAGCAGAUGACUGCAUUUAAACCUGGCCCGCAAAACAAACAGCAGUAUAUGUUUGAUGCGGAGAAAGUUAAAAGUAGUAUACCAUUUGGUGUUACCUUGGAGCAGCAACAGUACUAUGCCCUUAAACGUGAAAAAGAGCUGGAGCUAAAACAAAAAUAUGCACAGAAAAGGGUAGAAAAACCUCAAGACUCUCUUGGAACAAAUAUUCAAAUUUCUCAGCAGCAGAGUUCUGUUAUGUUGCAAAACCAGAUGAAACAGAAACAGCUCUUGCAGAGAAAUGCUCGGGUCUCUCAAAUGAUCCAGUCAGCAAUGCGUCAAGAUUCUAAUGUCCUCCAAAGUCCAGAUAUAGUUCAAGCUGUUUUAAAUAUAAUGAAGGGCAAUGUCUUGAAACAGACUUCCCCCGUGCCACAACAACAAACCCUCAAUCAUCAAAUGCCUCAAACAUCAUCUUCCACCGCUCAACAAGGAACUCAGCCUUUGCCUACAGUGUCAACUUUGUUGAGGCCAACCAUACAUUCACAGCAACUGGGACAACCUCAACAAUCAGGACAACCUCAGCAACACAGGGAACAACCAUCACCACGAAAAUACCCAAGGCCCCAGCUUUACGCACAACCCAUUAUUGUUUCAACCUCCCCCAGCCUGACCUCUUUGAGCAACAGGUCACAUAUAACAACUGCCCAAAUCUCCAGAAAUAGUAAUUUACAUAACAUCAAUGUCAUAUCAACUAUGUCGUCUGCUCAGAGACAGGGAGCAGAAAACCAGAUGUCAAAGAGCCAGGCAGACAGCAUUAGACAGUACAUGCAAAUGUCAAACAUUCAGAAACAAAUUGCAGAGCAACGGCAGAUGUCAGGCUCCACUGUGACCCUUAACAAUAUUCCAGUGACUAGGUCCCCGAGCAUCCACCAGA